AUGAGGCAACCGGACAUGUCCCAUUCUGCCGCAUACGGCCAGGACCAGCAUCAGUUAGUGGCUGCAUAUCUUUCUGAUCCUGCAAACCUCCCAACCGUUCCUCCUACGGCCCUGUCGUCACCACGACAGAGUACUGCCGACCACGACGGAACUGUUGACUUCCCUCCGUCGGAACUCAACUCCGUGCACACUUCGACCUCUAGGCCCCAUCCAUCCGAUCCAUGGGACACCUCCUACCCUCAUUCCAGCCGUCGUUCCUAUCGGCAACCGCAACCAUUCUCUCAGUUCCAUCGAGCGUCUGUGGAAGGGAUCCACCCCGAUAUUGAGCAUCAAGCGGUGGCUCCAGUGAUGUUCGUAUCCUCGUCCUAUUGGGAAAACGGUUCCAUAUUGACUUGGGCUUCUUAUAGCAGCGGAGGCGUGCGCAAAGAAGCGCGCGUCCGCGGGAGUUGGACUGAUCAUUCGUCAUACAUGUCGGGCGAGAACCAUACCCCUGUCGUCGCUCGCGUGCGUAAACGAGCAAUCGAAGAUGAUGACGCCCCCAUGGAUGCAAGUGAGGAUGCUCUCUUGAUGUUGUUUCGCAUGUCCCUCCCCAUUCCCAUCUUCGCUCUGGUCGCAUCGUUAUAUACCGUCUUCGCUCUGCUCUUUGCAUUCCUCAUUUCACCUCUUCGACUCCUAUCCUGCAUCUCUUAUCUUCGAAAGACGUCAUUUCGCGCACAGAUAUGUGAUCUUCUGGUGCCACAGCUGCACAUCCAUCAGCGACUAAUUGGGCUCCGGCAAUCUGCGUUUCGCUCAGCAUCGACCCAGUCGAUAUACCAAGAUCCGGACCGUUCAUUUGCGACCGAUGGUGCUGAAGGCUACUCGGCUGGCGGGUUGCUUAUGGUUCUUCUCCUAUCGUCUCUCAUGUCCUUUGGCUUGCUGCUGCUCGCAUGGACCGCGGCAUUUUUCUGGAUAUUCGCCGUGAUGCUUGGGAACCCGGAUGGAACAGAACGAAAAGACGAUGGUCGAGCAGCCGUUCUUGGCGUCGCACGAUGGUGGCAGAUAUGGCUAAAUAAGGCUCGAAAACCGGUUCACUAA